AUGCCCGUCAUCCCCGAAGAUCCCAAGAGCUUCCCCGCCAAAGAAAGCAGCAACAAGGGAUCUGACUCCCAGCCGGAUUCGUCCCAGAAAGCCACUAUGCAAGACCAUCUAUCUAAAGGCCCUCAAAUCCCAGACAACAUGCCACCCAAAGCGUCGAGGGAGGAGAUCGAGGCUCGCAUGAAGGAGUUGAAUAAAUAG